AUGAAGGUCACAAUCGUUAGACACGGAGAAACAGACUCGAACGUCAAGAGAAUCAUUCAAGGCUCAACUGAUACCCCGUUAAACACCAAUGGUCUUCGACAGGCAGACCAGGUCGGAGAUAGACUGAAAGACGAGCACUAUGAUGCUGUAUUUUGCUCAGACCUGCAAAGAUGUAGACAGACACUUAAUGGCUUCCUCCGUCAUCGUCCCGACUUAUCCGACUCAGUAGCCUACACGCCAUCACUACGAGAAAAAGAUCUCGGUGAUCUUGAAGGUCUCACACUCGCCGAAGCCCAAAAGCUCAUUACAUCCCGAAAUCACACAAUGAACGACUACGGCGAAGGCCAACCCGCCUUCUCCCACCGCCUUCUAAAAUUCUGGGGCGACCACAUCGAACCCCUUCGCCCCACCGCAAUCUCCGUCCUAAUCGUAACUCAUGGUGGCGCAAUUGCAACCCUCCUUACCGAACUCGAACUUCAACGUCACUUUACCUACGCCCAGGGUGUCAAAUACGGCGGUGUACCGAGGAAUACUGGAGUCAGUGUAGUGGAAUGUCCGAAGGGGAGUCUUAGGGGCGUUGUGGAGGUUUAUGGAGAUAUUAGUCAUGUGAAACAGGAGAUGAAGGAGACUGUUGUCGGAGUUGAUGCGGCUGUUGGGCAGGCGGCGAAGAAAGCGGAAGAGGAGAGAGGGAUCAUCACGGGUUUUGCCUUGGGGUUCAGGGCUGCUGCUUGA